GUACGGGUGAAGCAGCCGUCGUUCAAUGCGAGCCUGCCAUCUUGCUCCGCACCGAGACACACUGUAUGCUUCCUGAAGACGCACAAGUGCGCAAGCUCCUCGGUGCAGAACCUGCUUAUGCGCUACGGUGAGCGGCACCAGCUGACGUUCGCGCUACCACGGAGGGGCGGCUACUUGGGGCACUUGGCCCUUCUCAACCGGACAGUGGCGGUGGGUACUCCGCCAUUCGACAUGCUGGUGCACCACACGCGCUUCCAGGAGGACGAGGCGCGGGCCCUACUGAAGUCGGACCCCGUCUUCGUGACCAUCGUGCGAGAACCUGCAGCGCUCUUCGAGUCACUGUACUCCUACUACGACCUUGAGGAUCUGCGGAAUGCCACAGAAAACUCGUCAUUAGCCCAGCAGUUGAGAAUUAUUCUACCUGGCCCAAAACGAACUCAUCAUGGCUUGAACCAGAUGAGCUACGACCUGGGCUUUGACCUCGAGCAGGCGCACAACGAGAGCGCCGUGCGAGACUUCGUCGCACGGUUGGACGCCGUCUUCGACUUGGUUAUGGUGGCCGAGCGCAUGAACGAGUCCUUGGUUCUGCUGCGUCACUUGCUUUGUUGGGAGCUGGAUGACGUCAUCGUGUUUAAGCUUAAUGCGCGACAGGUCAGUGGCGUGCUUUUCGACUGUGGAGGAGGUAUUUUGUGCCUCGGAGAGCCACACUAA